CAUUGUUUAAACUCCACAAUCAUCCACAAAAUGGACCACUCAUGGUUUGCUGUCAGGUGUCCUGUAGGAUUACAUAACCUCCCUCUUCUUCCCUUCAACGCGCACAGCGCCACCUGGAGGCAAAGACGCGGCCCAGCUGAGGGAGCAGGGCCGGGCAGGACUUCAGGAGCACCAGGCACGGAUGAUUUAAACCCUCUUCAUGUCGGAUGCUGAUGGUCCGUUUGGCCGCAGGGACUUAAUCCAAGGGUGACUAACUGCAAGUUUCAAAGGAUGCCUGGAUAUCUAAAGUACUAAAGGUCAAAGGUGACCCGGUGAGGCAAAAAUGAGCCUGACUUCCUGGUUUCUGGUGAGCUGCGGGGGCACUCGGCACCGUCUUCCCAGGGAGAUGAUCUUUGUGGGGAGGGAUGACUGUGAGCUCAUGUUGCAGUCCCGCAGCGUGGACAAACAGCACGCUGUCAUCAACUACGACCCAAACACAGACGAACACAGGGUGAAAGACCUGGGCAGCUUAAAUGGGACAUUUGUCAACGAUGUGAGAAUACAGGAGCAGACGUACGUCACRCUGAGAACCGAGGACAAGCUGAGGUUUGGAUAUGAUACCAACCUGUUCACCGUGGUUCGAGGAGAGCUGCAUAUACCCGAGGAGGCCCUCAAGCAUGAGAAACUGAGCAGUCAGCUGCAGAUGAUCCAGAGGAAACCUGCAGAGUCCGAAUCCUCCAAACCUGAGGCGAAACCUUUUGAGACAGCCGCAACGCAAACGUGCGACGGGGCCACCGCCAAACCCUCAGAGCCCGGCAGGUCGGAGGAGAAAACAACAGGAGACACGGCGGUAUUGAAAAGAGGCACACCCCUUUAUGGGCAGCCUGCUUGGUGGGGCGAUGGAGAUGCUGAUGAGCAGCAUCCGGGAAGACCUGAAGAAAAGAACUUAGAGCGAAGAAGAGAAAAGUUUGAGACAGACAACAAGAAAAGUGCAGACAUCACAAAGUCUGGCCCUCAGACAGCCUCAAACCAAGAGCCGAGUCACGUCAAAAUACCAACUAAAGACCCUCCAACAGGUAAAGUGAGUGAAACCCCCUCACAAGAUCAAGAGUCUGGUGUUUCCGCUGCAGAACCCGUCCACGGACACGCCUCCUUCACCAUCCAGUUUGACUCUGGAGCAUCAGGUAAAGUGACUGUCAAAGAUCGAGUGGCAAAGGUCGGACCAGAGACCAGGCCACAUCCUAAAAGGGCCGUCGGAGAGGAGCUGAGCCCACUUCAGACGGCCAUGGUGGCGGCGGAGGUAAAAGUUGCUGACUGGCUGGCUCAAAACGAGCUGCCGCUUACUCUUAAAGAGACGGCUGCGGAGGAUGAUGGAGAAAGUGUGAAGAGCGAUGUUCCUGUGCAGAUGAAGAGCCUUAAAGGCAGUAAACACGAGGACGGGACUCAGAGUGAUUCAGAAAAUGCUYUGGGGGAGCAGCGGAGGGCUGCGGCUCUGGAGGAGCGCUCCUGGGGGCUUUGGGGCGGCGCAGGGAUGAAGAUCAGAGAAGGCCGCGCGAACGUACCGGAAGGYCUCUUCGCCGAGGAGGACAGUCCUGCCCGGCGCCGCAGGCCCGCGACUGCUAAAGGAGCGAGCCGAUUUGUGGAGAGGCGACGAGGCUCCGCCCCACAUCAACAAAGUGGACGCGAUGAGAGCUAUCGCCACGGGGAUGAGCACAGCGACAGGGCGACUUACACCAUUGAUAUGGAGAAUGGAAACAAUGACGAAGAAGAUGCUAGGAAACUGAUCGACAAAGUGUUUGGUGUGGAUGAGCAGUGUGUUUCCAGGUUGGGAGGUACAAACCAAAGAGAGAGGAUUUCUUCCCAGCAGUCUGGUUCCAGAGACAGAGGAAAGCCUGGACGACUGGAGACAGAGAUCUUGGCUGAAGAGCUGAUGGUGGGGGGUCCUCGCUGGGUGUCACAGUGGGCUACUCUGGCUGCCAGUCACAUUAGGACAGACCCUGAGGGAUCAGGGUGUGAAAACCAAGCAAUGAUCGCAGAGGACCGAGCUGAUAUAAGUGAAUUCAGCCACACUGCUGCCUCCUCUGCGCACACAGAGCGUAAAAGGAGAACCCUACCUCAGCUACCUGGCGAGGAGGUCAUCCUCGGGAGAAGGAGCCCGGGAGCAGGCCUUCGCACAGAUCUGGGGGAGAAACAGGACACAGAGCUGCAGGAGAAGGAGAACCAAGGCGAGAGGAUCUCCAGAGGAAAGAAUCAGCCCGAGCACGACACCGGAGGGGUCGGCAGCCAYGGGAGCAGCCCCAGUCGCUCCUCACCAGCCAAAUCCCAGGACAGCGGUGGAGGGAGAUCAGGCCAGCCAGGUGGGCUGGCCAAACUCCCCCCUCGUCCGUUGACCAGUGGGGAGAGGAGAAUGGAGGAGGCAAGGAGGAGGAAAAGGGAAGAGGAAAAAGCCAGAGACAGUAGUGGGAAACCAUUGCUGAGGCAGGAGAGUUUCACUGUGGAGAAACCCAGUUCCAACGUGCCUAUAGAGCUCAUCCCACGCAUCGAUGGGCUCACAUGCAGCAGAACUCAGACUAAAGAUGCCGCCAUUGACAGCGUCACGCUGCAGAAAGACUCAGAGGCUGUGGCAGCUUUUCUGGAGACCACUGUGUCAGACCAAGGUGAUCCCCCGAGCCAGUCCAUUGAAGGCUCUGUGUCUCCAGAGUCAGACGUGGACACAACGAGCACCGUCAGUCAGGCAGAUGGAGUGAGGAAAGUAGUCCAGAAGCGUCGSACUCUAGCAGGGCAGCAGAAGGAGAGAACUGUAGUGUGCUCAUCUAACAAGGGGCCUACUGAGGGCAGGGACACUCAGGACCGGAGGGUCAAGAACAGAACAUCUGGUCCUCAGCAGCCUAGCCGCCCUUGGACUUCCCUGGACCUCACUGAUGAUGAUGUCAACUCUAGCUCAGUCCUUUCUGACUCACAGCCCACCUCCAAGCAGGAAAYCAGAGGCUCGAAUGUUAGAGCUCAAGCUGGGAGCACAGCCGUCGGGACCAAGUCUAAUCGGACCAGGGUCACCCAGACCUCAGCUUCCUCUGCACCCAGUAAAACCGCAAACGCUCCCAAACCUAGACCCACCCGGACAUCUCUGCUGAGACGAGCCCGGCUGGGGGAUUCMUCGGAUACUGAACCUGCUGAUAUGGACCGGCUGUCAGUGGCCUCCGAGGCCUCCACGGCUAGUUCUACGUCCAGGACAGGGAUGGCAAGAAGGGGAAUGUCCAGGAUAGAGGCACUAGCGCAGCCAAGAAGACCGCGGGUGGCGUCUCCGUCUGCUCAGAGCGACUCGGAGGCCACCGUGACAAGAGGCAGGGGUCUGGGUUCUCGCACUGCCGCAGGGGAUUAUGCAGCCAGACAAGGACUGAGAGGAGCCAACGUGGCUUCUUUGUCCGGACCCCGAGCCAGAGCCAACAGCGCCUCCAAGCUGCCAGAUAAAAGCAAAGGAACCUCCUCCCAUGGACAUGCCACUCCUGCAUGUAAGURGRAUAAAAACUCRWAUCAAAUAUGCAGUUUGUUUAGUAAUGACAGACAUCAUUCUGCACUGGGCUCCUCAGCUGGCACGCAGUGGCGCCGGCUUCCUGUGGAGUACGCCUCCACCUCAGAGGACGAGUACGGCUCGAAUCGUCACGCAUCCAMGCAGGGCCAAACGAAGCCAGCCCUCCCUUCAACGCGAGUGGCCCAUUUAGGAGGCUCGGCCCCGGCRUCGCCCAACCCUGCAGGCCUGGCUGCCUUCAAGCAGAGCUCCAGGGACCAGGAUGAGUWUAUGAGAGACUGGACAGCACACAGCGAAGAAAUAGCCAGGAUUAGCCAAGAUCUAGCCAAGGAUUUAGCCAUGCUUGCCAAAGAGAUUCAUGACGUGGCGGGAGAGAUCGACUCAGUCAGCCCUGCAGCAACCGACCCUGGAGCUCUGGAGUCUGCAUUUGAUGAUGGCUUGGGUGGUCCCUCCACGCAGCAGAACAGCACUCUGGGAGCUAACGGGCAGCGCGUAGAGCUUCGGCAGCGAGGCUCUAACGAUCAUAGCUCUCGUUCUAUCCGUCGACAGACGUGGAACAGAGAUGAUGCGAUCCUGGACAGCAUGCUUCUAGCUUCUGUGACGCAGCUCUCAACCAGGAUACGUCAGUCUGUUGAUAAAACAAGCUGCAAAGUCAGGAUCCUUUUCAAGGAUAAAGAGCGAAAAUGGGAGGAAAUUGAKACCAAACUGCAGGCAGAGCAUGACUCCUUACUGCUCAAGAGCUCCAAUAAGGAGAUUUCAACAAUUAUUCAAGACCUGAAGAAGGUGGAAUGGCAACUCGCAGUAAUCGACAUGAUGGUGGACCCAGAUGGUACUCUGGAUGCCCUGUCCAACUUGGGCCUGACGAGUCCUUUAGCUCACCAAAAGCUCAGUCCUGGGACUCAGCAGGGGGCGUCAGCGUCUCAUCCUGGAGCUGAGGCGGCUCUGUGCAGCUCACUCUCAGCCCCCAGGCCUGAAGGACGAUCUAGUGAACCCUGUGGAUCCUCGGAUCAGACUAAAGUGGCAGAGCGGGACCCAGGGACCCAGCAACAGAAUACAUCCUACAAAUGACAAACCUAGGAACUAAUUUACAAUGCUUUCUUUAUAUGAGACUAAACCUACACGGAAAAUCUCAGAAAAGACUUUGGUCCGAGGUUUUAGGAUUUCUUAAGGUUUGUUUUUUUAGAGACGAGUGAGGAGUUAUGCCUUUUUCAUGUUGUCAAAAUAAAUCCUGUUGGGAUAGUGGA